ACCAGCAUUCCGUGGAUCAUCCAUUCCACCUCUAAAAUCUGCGCCAUGUGGUGUUACGUUUUCAUGCUGGCCUAUUUGGCCACGGUUUCUGCUGUUCAGGUACAUUUCAAAGAUUGUGGUUCGACCAUGGGUAAAAUCUCAUCAGUAGAUAUCAAUCCAUGUCCGGAAGAGCCAUGCCAUCUGAUCAGGGGAAAAAACACCAGCGUGACGGUCGGCUUCUCCAGUAAUGAGGCAUCUGGCUCCCUGAAGGCCGUCGUACAUGGGAUCAUUGCCGGGCUACCCAUCGCCUUUCCCCUCCCAAACGCGGACGGCUGCAAGAGCAGUGGCGUUAGUUGUCCCGUCACGAGGGGCAGUUCCUACAGCUACACCGCCAGCCUGCCCGUUUUAAAAAUAUAUCCCACGAUCAAGGUAGUGGUGAAAUGGGAGCUGCACGAUGAGAGUGACAAUAACGUUUUCUGUUUCGUCGUUCCGGUGGAAAUAACGGACUGAUUGUGCACCUGGAAUGUGUAACACGUGCACAUAACGCUCAAUAUACAGUCCAUAUAGAAAUCAGCGGAAUUUGUUAGUUUUCAUAACCCACUUUGUAUUUCAAGUUAAACUGUGCUGUACUAUGAGACAGGAAAUGUUUAGUGCAAGUGCCAUAUACAUUACCGUUGUGAUUGGUUUUCAGAGUUCAGGGGCGGUUUGACCUUGAAAAAUAUCAAGCAAUGGUUUUGGAAUAACAGAAAAGCCCCAAGAAACACGUCUAUGACUUGUGACCAUUACAGCAGAAUCAAUCCUACAAUUUAAUGAGUGCAAUUUUUCAUAUGGAUAAUCGAACAAAGUACACAUAUUUUUAAUCUAUUCUCCACCAAACAUGUUGUUUCGUGACGUUUUC